AUGUCGUUCGAAAUAGCCAGAGAACAUAAAUCUCGAAUGAAGCGAUUAAGACUUCCUAUGCGACGAAGAAGGGAGGGCAAAACUGACUACCGACAGAGACACAACUUAAUCCGACACAGUAAGAGGAAUUAUGGUGAAGUUAAAUCAAGAUUAGUAGUAAGACUUACUAAUAACAAAGUAAUUUGUCAAAUCGUUCAAGCUUAUCAAGUAGGUGAUAAAGUCAUCUGUUCAGCCGAAUCAACUGAACUGGCUAAGUAUGGAGUGACUUUUGGUCUGAAGAACUAUUCAGCUGCCUAUGCAACUGGAUUCCUUUGUGCGCGUAAGUUACUUUCUAAACUCGGACUUGCUGAGGAGUAUACUGGUAAGGAAGAGAUCGAUGGCGAGGACUACCUAGAAUCCGAUAAUGAAGAGGGUCCACAAGCCUUCCGUUGUUAUCUGGACUUAGGAUUAGCUCGAUCAAGUAAUGGAGCUAAGGUCUUUGCUGCUAUGAAAGGUGCCUGUGAUGGAGGUUUACAUAUUCCCCACUCGCCUAGUAAGUUUACUGGGUAUGAUAAGGAAUCAGAGGAGGUAGAUGCAGAAGUCUUUAGGAAGCGAAUCUUUGGACAACAUGUGGCUGAGUAUAUGACGCUUAUGAAGGAAGAGAACCCUGAGAAGUACGAGGUACAUUUUAGUGAGUACAUCAAGCAAAACAUUACUCCAGAUAUGAUAGAGGGUAUUUAUGAGUCGGCCUUUGAGAAGAUCAGAGCUGAUACCUUUGUGGAGAAGAGUGAAAAGAAGACUUACGACCGCAGCCAGUACAAACUCAAGAAUGAGAAGCGACUUUCAGGUGAGGAGAAGAAGCUUCGGGCGUUGGCUAAACUCCAAACCCUAACUGGCACCAACCAGGCCUAA